AUGGCAACGCUUUCCAAGCCCAUGGUAUACCGCCUACGCCGACUGCCCAGCUACAUUGACAAUGACUUCGCUGCGUCACAGCUGCUCAGCCAUGCAGUUCACCUGCCGUCAGCCGAGAUCAAGAUAUGCUCCCUGGCGACUGUGGCAGCAAGCUCCUGGAGCGCAUCCACCAAAGUGGCCACCGUAAUGUUUCACAACUUGCCCCAGCUUAUUCAGGAUGCUCCGCGGAAGACUGAAUGGAAGAUAUCGGUCAAUGGCCUCCCUGACAGUCUGAUCCUAGACAGGCACUUCUUUGGCAUGACGCCACUUUACGAUAUAAUGCCACCUCAUGAGCAUCAGUAUAACUGCAUUGCUAUCUCGGGUCUUGCAAGUCACCCAUUUGGUUCAUGGCAGCCAAAGGGAGAGGAGAAAACAUUCAUGUGGCUGAGGGAUGCCUUGCCACGGGAGCAUCCCACUGUUAGAGCAUGGAUCUAUGGCUACGAUACGUCACUGACGGAUAAGACCUCCUUCCAGUCUAUACCGGAUCUAGCCACUGCUCUCAUUGAUCACAUGAAGGCUAACGAUUUUGCUUCACCGACCGCUCCCAAGAUGAUCAUUAUUGCGCACAGCUUGGGAGGGAUCGUCUUGAAACAAGCUAUCACACGUCUGGCUAUCUGUGGAGAGAGGGAGCUUCAUGCUUUGGAUUUGAUCAGAGGCACUGUAUUCUUCGGUGUGCCAAACUUGGGCAUGGAACAAUCGCACCUGCAUGCGUUAGUUGAGAACCAACCCAAUCAAGCCAUCGUAGAUGACCUUGCGGUAAAUUCCAAAUACCUGUUGAAAUUGAACGAGCAAUUCAUGGGACUCCUCUUCAACCAGAAGAUGAAGCGUACGGAGACCGGUGCUAUUGUAAGAUCCGAGACUCAUGCUAUUCUCGUAUCGCCGGAGUCUGCUACUUCGAACUUGAUCAACGACGACGAGGCGCCGAUUUCGACUUUUCCGAUAAAUGAAGACCACUCGAACAUGGUCAAGUUUGUGGACGAUGACGGAGUCUGCAAGAUAAUUCUGGAUAAAAUCGGAGAGAUAAUGGUCUACAAAGCACCAUUGCCCUCUAUCACGCCCCCCGCUCAAGAUGCCAGGCCACAACGCUACGGUUAUACCCCAUUGCGAUUGCAUCUUCCGCCUCCGAUUGACUUUCAACAACGUCAAAAGCCUAGACUUAACCUUGCACCAGUAGACCAAAUUGUUUCGUCCUUGGACGUCCCGGAGUUGCAUCGAAGGUUUGAGGAUAUCGAAGCCAGGUCAAAGCACACCUUUGAGUGGAUCUACGAAAAUGAUGAGCUUGAGUUCUCAAGCUGGCUCCGGUCCGGCAAAGGCAUCUACUGGAUCAGUGGCAAGCCUGGUUCUGGAAAGUCGACUCUAAUGAAAUUCAUUUUUGACGACCCAAGAACCCGGGAUCUCUUGAAGCACUGGCGAGAUGAGAACGACCCAAUUAUUGCCGGCUUCUUCUUCCAUCAUCGGGGCUCUGUUUUGCAAAAGUCCCUUGAGGGGCUUAUUAGGAGCAUUCUGGCGCAAUUACUGCGACAGCGUCCUGGGUUGGCUAAUCUCUUAACCCCACUCAUUGAAUCGUCCGUGGGCAAGAAGUUCCCAAUGGAACUGGAUGAAUUUCGGGCUCUGUUCAAGAGCCAUACUUGGACACAGCAGCACCUCGGCCACGCAUUACGUCUUAUGCUCCGCCAGAAGAUAGCCGACUUGGAUAUGUGCUUCUUCUUUGAUGCCCUAGACGAGUACGAUGGCUCGCCGGAAGUCAUUCGGGACUUUCUCGCCGAUCUCCUUGAGGAGUCCAAGGAAGGCCAGAUGACAAUUAAGAUCUGCUUCUCUAGCCGACCGUGGGAAUCCUUUACACAGAAAUUCCAGAGUGGACCCGGGUUCCCCAUACACGAUUAUACGACAUCCGAUAUCAAGCAAUAUUGUUACCAGACGAUCAACAAAGAUAGCACAGUGGCUGAAAUGUUGAAAGAUCUGGUCCCGGAUAUUAUCGAGACUGCUUAA